CCAGAGUUGAGUCUGAAGGUUCGUAACUUUAUCGAAACACGCAGAAUUUUUCUUUUUACACAAGUUUUUACAAACCAUGCCCAACCCACGCGUAUACUUUGAUAUCACUAUUGGAGGCAAGCCUGAAGGCCGUGUUGUCUUUGAACUUUUUAAGGAUAUUGUUCCCAAGACAGCAGAGAAUUUCCGUGCUCUCUGUACAGGCGAAAAAGGAACAGGUAAAAGUGGCAAGCCUUUGAGUUACAAGGGAUGCACAUUCCACCGUAUUAUCAAGAAUUUUAUGGUUCAAGGUGGUGAUUUUACAGCUGGUAACGGUACGGGCGGUGAAUCUAUUUAUGGUGAAAAGUUUGAAGAUGAAAACUUUGAACUAAAGCACGACAAACCAUUCUUGUUGUCCAUGGCAAACGCUGGCCCUGGAACAAAUGGAUCUCAAUUCUUUAUUACAACUGUUCCUACCCCACAUUUAGAUGGCAAGCAUGUCGUGUUUGGUAAAGUUCUGAAAGGUAAAGGCGUGGUCCGUACUUUGGAAAAUUUAGAAACUGUCUCGGAUAAACCUGUGAAGGAUGCUGUGAUUGUCAACUGUGGCGAGCUUGCCGAAGGAGAAGACGAUGGUAUUCCUGAAAAUGCUGAUGGAGACAACUAUGAAGAAUAUCCAGAUGAUUAUGAAGGUUCAAAGGAACCCAACGAUGUUUUAGAAAUUGCCAGUAAGCUCAAAGAUAUUGGCAACACAUACUUCAAGAAGGGUGACCAUGAGAACGCCUCAAAGAAAUACAUCAAAGCUAUCCGCUAUCUUAACGAAAAGCCUGCAUUUGAUGACACAGAUCCUGAAGAGCUUCGUGAGAAGUUUGCAGGUGUCAGAAUUCCCUGUUAUCUUAACAGAGCAAUGUGUGCUCUCAAGCUUGGUAACAAUAGUGACUGUAUCAAGGUGACAACAACAGUGUUGGAGUAUGAUCCCAAGUACUUGAAGAAGACAGACAUCACCAAGGCUUACUUCCGUCGUGGUAUGGCCAAGGUCAACACAAAGGACUUUGAAGGCGCAAUUGAAGAUUUCGAAAAGGCACAUGAGCAAGAUCCAGAGGAUGCUGGUAUCAAGAGAGAACUUACCAAUGCUAAAUCUAAAUUGGCUGCUAAAAAGCAAAAGGAAAAGAAUGCCUAUGCAAAACUCUUUGCCUAAGCCAAUACAUGUGAUUUGUCACUAGAUUACAAUAAUAAUAAACAAUAUUUAUUUUCAUACAAUCAAAGCUGUACACAAUUUUAUUUUAUUC